AUGUGCUUGGUAAUAAGCUGCAUUCUCACCUCUCGCAUCUUUCAUUCCAUCAUCUCAUCGCCUCAUUCAGACACACCAGACUUUACAAUGGCUUCUAGCGAUAACAAACCUCACGCUUUUAACCCUCCCAACGUACCAACCCCGCCGCCGACCUACUCCCAGGCCUGCGUGACACCCCUGCUCCCGACCUCGAAGCUCGUCACCCUGGCCGGGCAGACUGGUCUGCGCGCCGACGGCACCAUUCCGACCUCGUUUAUUGAGCAGGUUGCUGGUGCCUACAAGGCCGUUCACGAUGCCCUGCUGGCGUCAGGUGCGACGCCGCGAGACAUUGUCUUUGUGCGGCACUACAUUGUGACCACGACGGGGGAUGCCGCGCUGGACAAGGUCGAUGUGGUGUCGCGCGGAUGGGGGGACCUGUGGACGGCGUACCUGGACAAGGAGGCGGCCGGACAUCGGCCGCCGGAUACGGUGCUGGGCGUGGCGAGCCUGGCCAAGAGCGGGCUUUGGUACGAGGUUGAAGUCUCGGCGGUGGCUCAGUAA